AUGCUUUCACCUUUCUUCUUCCUCUUUCCUAUGCUUUCGUCUUUCCUUCUUUUUCCUACGCUUUCGCCUUUCCUUCUCUUUCUUAUGCUUUCGCCUUCCCUCCUCCUUCCUUUAUCCGUUUUUGUCAUUUCCUCUCCUGAUUUCACUUUUCUUUCUCUUUCCCGUUUUCCUUUCUUUCUUCUUUCUAUGAUUUCGCCUUUCCCUUCUUCUUCUUCCCCUUCCUCUGAAUUCGCCUUUCCUUUUUUUUCUCCCCACUUCCUAUGCUUACGUUUUUCCUUCUCCUUCCUUUCUCCUGUUUCUGCUUUCGCCUUUUCUUCUGUUUUCGCUUUUCUUUCUCCAUCCGCUUCUAUGCCUUUGCCUUUCCUUCUUUUUCCUAAGCUUUUUCCUUUCUUUUCUUCUUCUCCCACCCCUGCUUUCGCUUUCCUUCUCCUGCGUUCGCCUUUCUUUCUCCUCCCUUCUAUGCACUUGCCUUUUUUUUUCUAUUUCCUUUUGCCUCAUUUUCAUGUAUUUCUUUCUAUUCCAUUUUCUUUGGACAAAGCACUUAUUUUAUAUUCCAAAUCAUUAUUAGCCACACCCCAUCCUUUUCUCAAUAUACCCUCCCCCUCUCUUGAAAUUUCCUCUUCAUGCACCCCCCUGUCUGCUUGA